AAGAGGGUCACACAGGGCUGUCCACGCAUAAUAACAUUGCAAAGCCUAUCUGCCUGAGACUUAUUUCGGGAGCCUUAUAUGGGUUUGCAUUGCACCCUGACUGCCCUGUGAUAUUCGUUCCUUCGUCUCAAGAUCUCAUCUAUUUUCACGCUUCUGGUCGAGUACCGAUCUCGAUCUCAACGUCGUUCCUUACAAGUCAUUCUCUUACCCUAUUGUCUUUUGUCUAAUAUGCCGUCGCGCUCAUUCAUCCUCUCGUUUCUCUACGCGACGUCGCUGGUUGCGGCGGCGAGUCAGAAAUGCUAUAGCCUUACCGGCGCAGAACUUGAUGACACUUUUGCGCCAUGCAACUCAACUGCUAAGCAUAGUGGUUGCUGCGCCACAAAUCGACCUGCUGGCUCUGCCGAUAUUUGUCUGGACAGCGGCUUGUGCAUGGCGACGAAGAGCGAGUACAUGGGCACCAUAUGGCAACCUGGAUGUACAGACUCGACUGGCAAAGCUACUGAAUGUCCACAACUUUGCCCUGGUGCGAACAACGACUUCGAUGGGCUGAACCCAGUGUCUGCAUGGAACAUCCAGACAUGUGACUUUGGCACAUACUGCUGCAGGGCGAUCAACGACCGACGGAAUUGCUGCAACAACUCGACAGCACCCAGGAUCACGACAAGCUCCAUCGGUGCAUUUCAACUUCAGACUGCCACGGCCGUAUCGUCAUCCACCUCGACCGCGGCUUCUUCGUCGGCAAUUGCGACAGAAUCUUCGUCCAAUCUCGAAGCAACCCUUACAUUCAAGGGGGAUGUCUGCAAGAGCGAGAGACACAAGACAGCUGUUGUCGGUGGCGCCGUCGGUGGUAUGCUUGGAGCAGCCGUAGUAGGCUUGAUGGGUGUUGUGUGCUGGAUGUCGAAGCGAGAGCAGCGACAGCGCAAGCUCAAAGAGCACUACGAGGAGCAGUUCUCGCAGACCUGGGCUUAUCGCAAGGCAAUGGCGGCUAGUUCGACCUCCAUGAAGACCGAUGUCCAUGAAGAGUUCAAUGGGAAGCCGAGUGGGAGUUAAGGGCGAGUGACAGGCCGUGGUGUUUCUUUUGUUUGAUGGCCAAGUGACUUCAUGUUACGACAAUGGCUAAUGAGGAGGCUUUCGGUGUUUGGGUGGGAUCGACUCCGGUCUUCUGUGUUUUCGAGCGGAUACCCUAUUCUUAUCAGCGAACGUACGUAAAUGUUUAGAGUUGGGAGUCGCAAUGCGUCAUGCUAUCUCAAGAAGCUG